AUGGGUUUUCUUCCCUUUGGAAGGCAACGUGCCUCUCCACCUACAGUACCAACAGACACCAUCAUUCCUUUUCAUUACUGGGAUGAUGAUCACCAUACACGAGGCCUCUCUUUCGAUAUCGUAUUUCGCUUUGAUGAUAUAUUAGAUCACGACAAGCUGCGGCGUGCUUUAUCUCGGCUGCUCGAAAUAGGAGAUUGGCGGAAGCUUGGCGCUCGAAUCCGUAGGAAUACAGACGGAGGAUUAGAAUACCAUGUGCCACAAUCUUUCAGCAACGAGCGACCUGGUUUUGCAUUCUCUACAACUGGAUAUGGCAUCAAUUUGACUGAACAUCCGCAAGCAUCACGCUUAGCUCAACCUCAUAACCUUCAUGCUGCCGGUCGCCCCUCUGUUUUUAGCACUGCAUAUGCCGCUACGCCGGAGUUCAGGUCCUUCAUCCGAACUGCAGACUUCCCCGAUCGCUUGGAGGGUUGGCUAUGCUCGGAUAGCCCCCAACUGGGGGUUAAAAUUGUUGUCUUUCAGGAUGCUACACUUGUUACUAUUUCUUUCCUACACAGUCUAAUGGACAUGGUAGGCUUUAAUGAUAUCCUGGAUGCAUGGACGGCAGUGCUGCGCGGGCAGGAAAAUCGAGUGAAGCCCUUUAUCGGAUUCUUUCAUGACCCAUUGGCCGGUCUCAGCAAGACGAAAACAAAUCAACUACAAAAAUAUGUGUUUACUGACACGCUGCUGAUGGGUUUUGCAUGGUUCUUGUUUGCAUUGCGCUAUAUAUUGACUGUUGAGUUGUUUUGGCAUCGCAGGGAGGAGGAUCGCGUUAUUUUCUUGCCAGCCAAAUACUUACAUAAAAUGCGUGAUAAGGCUAUUGACGAACUUACAUCAAAUCAUGUCGGCGACAGCAGCAGACUCCCCUUUAUUAGCGAAGGAGAUGUUCUAUUUGCUUGGUGGACAAAAGUGGUUCUUCAAGCCGAAUCACCUUCUCCCAGUUGCACGAUCAACAUGCGGAAUACAUACUGUUGCCGGUCCGUUUUAGCAGAGCUUGGCCACAUACCAUCAGCUACAUCUGCAUUAGUAACUAAUGCAGUAUUUGCAGCUCUGACGUUUCUUUCCGUUCGCCAGGUUCUUUCCAAGCCUCUAAGUUUUACUGCAUCCGAAGUCCGCAAGUCUCUUAUACAACAACGAACUCCAGAGCAGCUCCAAGCAUUAGAUGCUAUUCAAAGAAACACGCUCGACAAUGCACAUCAUCCAGCCCUCUUUGGAAACCCCAACAUGUAUAUGAUAAUGAUAUCAAAUUGGGUCAAGGCCAAGCUUUUUCAAGUGGAUUUCUCUUCUGCAGUCCGAAGAGAAGGAAUGUCGCUGGACAAGCGAAGUAAUCAGCUGGGCAGACCGUCUUGUAUUCAGGGUACUGGGACCAGAGACUAUGCAACACGAAACACUGGUGUGGUGAUAGGAAAAGACGCUUCUGGGAAUUGGUGGCUUUUGUAUACUCUGCGGAAACAAACUUGGCCGGCGGUAGAAGAGCAAAUUCUUUCUAUGGCAGAAGAUACGUGA